AGACAUUACAACACCACACCAAAAGCGAAGUUACUCUGCCACCACCUUUCUCUCUGCUUCAUGCUCUUCCUCUGAGAAGAAGAAGCUCUCUCUCUCUCUCGCUCUCUCUGUUUCUCUCUCUGUCUGCCUGUGUUUCUCUCUCUCUUUAAGCGAAAGCCGAGAAGCAAGAAACGGCUCCCAUGGCGGUGGAAGCGCGGCAUGUCAAUCCUUUUCAUACCCAGAUGAUCGCGAACAGGGAUUUUAUCGCGAUGAAGAACGGUGCCGAUUUCUACGCCAGCCAAGCGGAGGAUUUCAUCCCUCUGGCGGCAACGGCAACGCCGGACCCGAUCUUGCCGCCGUCCUGCCUCCAGCAACCUCGCAUGGUCCCCGAGAUCUUCACCGUGAAACCCUCCCUGAAAACCGACAGCGGAUUAACCAGCAACUACAACGCGGCCGCCGUCCCUGUUCAAGUGAACCACCACAAGCGGUCCAGAGACGCGUUCGGCGAUCUCCUCCAAGUGAAUCAUAAUCCUCAGAAGAUGAGCAAGGCAUCCCCGUUUCUGGGGCAAGAGGCCGCGUUCGAGAUCCAACGGCAUCAAUCGGAGAUCGACCGUUUGAUUUCCCAACAUACAGAGAGGUUGAGGUUGGAACUCGAAGAAAGAGUGAAGCAGCAAUCGAAAGUGCUGCUCUCAUCCAUCCACGACUCGGUCGUUAGAAAACUCAAGGAAAAAGACGACGAAAUCCAGAAGAUGGGGAAGAUGAAUUGGCUGCUCCAAGAAAAGGUGAAGUCCCUGGCGAUGGAGAACCAGAUCUGGCGGGGCCUCGCCCAGACCAACGAGGCCGCCGCCAACUCCCUCCGCUCCAACCUCGAGCUCGCCCUCGCCCGCGGCUGCGGGGACGACGACGGCGCGGAGUCCUGCUGCGGGAGCAACGACCCCGGGGCGGCAGUGGCGGCGGGAGCCGACGGCGGCGCCUCGGAUGCGGAAUCGCGGAGGGGGCGGCGUUGGUGCAGGGCGUGCGGGGAGAGGGAGUCGUCGGUGCUGCUGCUGCCGUGCAGGCACCUGUGCCUGUGCGCGGCGUGCGGGCCCAGCCACCACGACUGCCCGGCGUGCGGCUCGGCGGUCACGGCGAGCGUGCACGUGAACCUGUCGGCGUCGUCGUAACGGUCGGGAGAGCCCCGGGGCAGGAAAGGUAAAAAAAAAGGUGAAAAAUUAGGGGUGGAAAAUGGAAAAA